AUGCAGGAGAACAAUCUGACUGUGGUCAAAGAGUUCAUCCUUCUAGGAUUUCAAGGCAGUCAAUAUUUAACAACAUUCCUGUUCUGUCUUCUCCUCGUGGUUUACUAUGGAACAAUAUGUGGGAACCUCCUGAUCAUCACCCUGGUGUCCUCCAGCAAGAACCUCCACACUCCAAUGUACUUCUUCAUCUCACAAUUGUCCAUAAGUGACAUCUUAUUAACAACUGAUAUUGUUCCUAACAUGCUCCACUGUCUACUGAAUAAUGGGGUCACUAUUACAUUUUCUGGCUGUUUUAUUCAGUUUUAUUUUUUCUGUAGUUUAGAGAUAUUUGAGUGCUUUCUUCUCACAGUGAUGUCCUAUGACAGAUAUGUGGCCAUCUGUAAUCCUCUUCAUUAUACUUCUAUCAUGACAAGUGCACAUUGCAUGAGAUUGAUUGCCACCUGCUGGUUGUUAGGAUUUUCCGCUGCAUUCGUUGAUGUUCUAAUGACACUGAAGUUAAACUUUUGUGGUCCAAAUAUCAUUGACCAUUUCUUCUGUGACCUUGUUCCCUUGAUAGAAAUUGCCUGUUCUGGUACCUACUCCGUUCAACUUGAAAUCUACUUACUAAGUAUACCGACGGUCAUCACACCGCCCAUAAUGAUUGUAUUGUCUUAUGUUCAAAUUGUUUCUGUCAUCUUGAGGAUCCCAUCCAGUACUGGUAGACAGAAAGCCUUCUCCACCUGUAGCUCCCACCUCAUUGUGGUCUCCAUAUUCUACUGGACUUUGUUUACAGUUUAUAUUGUUCCAACAAAAGGACAAACAUUGACCAUCAGUAAAAUCCUCUCCCUGCUGUAUACUGUGUUUACUCCCUUGAUUAACCCCAUUAUAUACAGUCUGAGAAAUAAAGACAUUAAGAAAGCAGUGUUGAAUUGCUCCGAGGCCCAAAACAUUAGGCAUCUGUCCCAAGCUGUGGACGAGUUUUCCCGCCAGAUCCACGACCUGGACACCCGGGUCUCUGACUUGGAGAUGCGUACUGAUGAUCUAUCAGACGCCUUACACUCAGACAAGGCGGACAUUUUAUCCCAUGCGGCCCAGAUCGCAGCGAUGGAACUCAAGCUAGAGGACCUGGAGAAUAGAACCAGGAGGGCUUACUCCAGACAUGUUGUGUCCUCUCUAUCGGACCAUGACAUGGUCAUGGCUGACUUUGUACUAACCAAUAGCUCCAAUGUUCCUUUCACUUGGCGCCUGAACGAAUCAUUGCUGACCCGGCCGGUUGUGUUUGCUAAGUUACUAGACGAACUUAAACAGUUUUUCUUGAUCAAUAACACUCCGGACAUUGACCCAAUGACCCUGUGGCUGACUCACAAGGCUGUCAUGCGGGGCAAACUCAUUCAGGUUGCCUCAAGACAUAAAAAAGAUAGAUCUUUGGCCCAGGUUACGCUAGAGUCUAAAUUGGCUAAGUUGGUCCGGGCCCAUCAGCAAUCCCUGACCCUGUAUUUGUUGAAAGAAAUAAAAGACACUAAAACUCAAUUGAAUGCACUACUCUCAAACAAUACAGAGAAGGCCCUCCCCUGGACGUCCUCUUAUUAUUACAAGUACGCCAAUAAGCCGGAUAAGAUGCUGGCUCGCCAACUCAAGGCCACGCAGAGAAUUAAUCAAGUCUAUUAA